AGUAGAUAUUUUACAAGAAUGACCGAUCCCGCCAUUUUCGCCGCCGCCGCCGCUGAUGGCGGUAAGGAGCUCAAUGAACUACGGAAAAGAGGACCUGAAUCGAGGCGACGACAUUCUCUCUUCAGCCUCCCUCAGGAUUUCUUCGAUUUGUGCCGCCUCCUUCACUCCGGUACAACGGUGCCUGUUCUAGACGACGGAGUUCUCAAUGGUGAGCGUGGAAUCGAUACUAUCAACUCUCCGAUUAACAGAUGGUCUUGCAAUACUUGCAAAGAAGACUUCGAAUCUCUUCAUGAUCAACGCUCUCAUUUCAAGUCCGAUAUUCAUCGAUUCAAUGUAAAGUUAAGCAUAUCUGGAAAGGAUAUUGUGAAGGAGGAAGAAUUUGAAAGGCUAAGAUCUGAUUCUUUAUUGAAUGACUUUGAUAUAUCAAAUAUAUCAGGUUCUGAUGAUGAACGAGACUACGCGAGUGGUACUGGAUUAUGCAUUGGAGUUAAAAAGAAGCUCUUUAUACGUGUUAGGACGGGGGAAAUAUUUUCAAUUUGGAAAUGUUUGGUCAUGAAUGAAGAUGAGGAUUUCUCACUUGUUAGUGAGAAAGAUGUGAUUGAAAGAUUGAAGUUUUUGGUUUGUGAACCGAGAAACAAUACGUGUUUGAGGAUUGUGUUGCUUGCAAGUGGUGGACACUUUUCCGGAUGCGUGUUUGAUGCAAACUUGGUUGUCGCACAUAAAACAUUUCACAGGUAUGUUAUCAGAGCCAAAGCUGGGGGAAAACAGUCUUCAAAAGAUGCAAGUGGCAAAGCUGCUGCUCAUUCUGCUGGAGCUUCACUUCGGCGAUACAAUGAACUUGCUUUAAGAAAGGAAAUCCAAGAAGUUCUUGCUGAAUGGAACCCAUACUUUCUUAUUUCCUGUUGCAUUUUCAUCUACGCUCCUUCAGACAACCGCCAAUUACUUUUCAACGACGAAAAACCUUAUUUCACCUGUGAUCAACGCAUCAUUCGUAAGAUUCCUCUGACUGUUCGACGGCCUACCUUCAAGGAAGCACAAAGAAUAUAUGGCUUGCUAACACAAAUUAACCACGAAAUAGUGGAGGAAAGUUUCGCAAUCAAUAAGUCUGGCUCAUCUUCAAAGGUAAAUGAGAAAAACGAUUCCUGUCCCGUUCCAAUUCCACAUCCACAUCCUGUUGUUGAAAAUAAAUCCAAACCUGUUAGUAAUUCAAUAACAGCAUUGCACGAAGCAGCAAAAUGUGGAAAUGUUCAGAAAGUCUUGGAACUACUCGAACAGGGGAUUGAUCCGUGUAUUAAAGAUGAAAGAGGCUGGACAGCUUAUAUGCUUGCGUCUGUAAAGGAAGUAAGAAAUGUGUUUAGACGAUUCAUGUCUUUAAACCCUGAGAAGUGGGAUUGGCAUGCUGCUAAGGUGCCUAGUGCAUUGACAAUGGAAAUGGAGGAAUCUCAAGCUGCUAAGCAGGCAAUGAAAGAUGGCAAGAGGAAAGCAAGAGAAAAAGAGUUGAAGAAGUUAAGAAAAGCAAGAGAGAAGAAAACUCAGGUUCUUUUUAUCUACAUUUUUGGAAUUCCUUUCAACAAAGAAAUUGGCCUAUUUGGAAACAAUUUCUGGAGUUGGGCUGAGGCUACUCAAUCUGGCAAUGCAGUAUCAUCUCAAUCCAGCAAUGAAUCUCGGUUAUCAAAAGAGGAGGAUUUAGAGAGGACACAGGCAGCUAAUAGGGAGGAAGGAGCUGCUGCUGAUGAGCGAAGAAUGAUGACAGCCGCAGCAUCCGCCUUAGUUCUGACGCUGGUUGUGGGAAUUAUUCGUAGAGCAGUUUGCAGCAAAAUGGUUUAAGCACUAUUUUGUAAAUGGGUUUGGGUUUAGAUUGUUUUAUUUAUUUGAACUAAGUUGAGGUGAAAAGUCAUGAUUAAAGGUGAUCGAUGAUUGAGUUCGGUUGAGUUUGUAGAUAAAUUUAAAUCUAGGCCAUUACGGCUGU